GGUUUUUAAUCCACCUGAGUAUUCUGCAAACCCUCACUCUUGGUCUUCUAUUCCGCGCCUGCUUUUGUGCGACUCAUAGACACUAGGUAUCUACUGACCUAUAGCAAUGCACGUGUACUUUAUCUCAGCGGUAGCUGUCAGUAUCUUUUCAAACUUUCAGGAAGCGGAUGGUUGGAAGGCGACAAUUUAUGAUGAUGUACAACAUGGCAAGACUUUGGAAACUUUGUCGGGAGGCCCUUGCCAGGAGCCGAAAAGCUACAAUAACGACAAAGCUUCCUCAAUCAACACUUGGGGUGGGUGCGUGGUAAUUUAUAGUGAUUACAUGUGCAAAGGCACUAACAAAACGAUGAAACCCGGGAGUCCUCACCAUAAAGAUUUCAAACUGCUACACUUCGAUAAUGUGCUAUCUUCCAUCGGUCCCUGCCCAUAAAGUAAAUGAAGUGACCGUGAACAUAUUGAAUCAUAUAGGACUCGUGGAUAUGUCGCAAGCUAUCGGUCAACUCAGACGUUGUAUCAAAAACCGAGGCAGAUAGUCAAAUUUUAACGCAGUUAACGGGAUAUUGUUUUAUGACGAAGAGCUCACGAGGUUUCAAUAUUUUCAAAUAAAUCAAUCAUUGAAUCUACUA